CAAUCAAAUCACUUCGAUGGCGGCCUCUUCUAGUCAGCUAGAGGAAAUAUGCGAGAACACACGCAUGGGUCGUGAUUAUGCUUUGCUUGGUGAAUACGAAACGGCGCAAAUUUACUACCAGUCUGUAGUCCAACAAAUCACUCAGUACACAUCUCAUCUUAGAGACACGAGCCAGAAACAACGCUGGCAGAAAGUGCGGGAACAGCUUGGUCAAGAAUUCGACCAAGUCAAGGAGAUUCAGUCAAUUUUAAAUAGCUUCAAAGGCCCGGUUGAUUCUUUGAGUUAUCCCCAUAGAGUAGACAAGAAGAGUAAUCAUGGUGAACAAGAAGAGUUGAGUCGAGAUCCUGAUGUGUGGCCGCCACCAACACCAAUUGAACAAUCUAAGAAACAGAUGAUACCUUCCAGAGCACCAGUUCGACGACCUGCUCGUUUUGAAGACUCGCCAUCUUAUGGUCGCAAGGGUGGACCGCCUGUUCGACACCCAGUUGGAGGGAAGCAAGGACCUCAAUUUGUGAAGAAAGCUGGUGUACCUGCGGCUGGUGCAGGGAAAAGAGCACCUCCUGGUGGAGUUAAACAAUCAGCCAAGUCGGACAUGAAAGAGCAACCAAAGUCUGCUGAGAAAGAGACUGUGUCUCAUGAUAACAAACCAAUCGAAAAGAAGUUUGAUUCAAGUGGUUAUGACCGAGACUUAAUAGAGGCCAUUGAAAGAGACAUGUUGAUGCGAAACUUGAACGUACAUUGGGAUGAUAUUGCUGGAGUGCCUGAGGCUAAGAAACUGCUUCAAGAAGCUGUUGUGUUGCCAUUGUUGAUGCCAGAAUUCUUUACGGGGAUUAGACGACCUUGGAAAGGUGUGCUUAUGGUUGGACCUCCUGGCACUGGCAAGACACUGUUAGCCAAGGCUGUAGCCACUGAGUGCCAAACGACAUUCUUCAAUGUGUCAGUAGCCACUCUUACAUCAAAAUGGAGAGGAGAAUCGGAGAAGCUUAUACGACUCUUAUUUCAGAUGGCAAGGUUCUAUGCACCUAGCACUAUAUUUAUUGACGAAGUUGACUCUAUUGGAGGUAAACGGGGCACAGAAGGAGAACACGAGACAAGCCGUCGUGUCAAGAGUGAACUACUAAUUCAAAUGGAUGGUGUUGAUGGUGCAUCUAAUCCAGAAGAAGCAGGAAAGAUUGUGAUGGUUCUGGCUGCUACUAACUUCCCUUGGGACAUUGAUGAAGCAUUACGGAGACGUCUAGAGAAACGGAUCUACAUUCCAUUGCCACUGGAGGAAGGCAGAGAGCAGUUGUUGAGAAUCAAUUUAAGUAGUUUGAAGCUUGCAGAUGAUGUCAAUUUGUCGGAAAUUGCUAAGAAGAUGGAUGGCUAUAGUGGUGCUGAUAUUACAAGUGUGUGCAGGGAUGCAUCCAUGAUGGCUAUGAGGAAACGAAUUGCCGGUUUGUCACCCGAAGAGAUUCGCGGUAUUCCAAAGGAGGAACUGGAGCUGCCAGUUAGCAAACAAGAUCUGGAAGAAGCGCUGGCAAAGGUUUCUCGAUCUGUGUCUGCUGAAGAUCUUAAGAAAUACAAGGAGUGGAUGGAUGAGUUUGGAUCAUCGUAGAUGAGGUUUGCUGGUAUGGCUAGCGCUGGACUUGUUUUUUAUUGUAUGAAUAGAGUUAAUUAUUAUUGUUUGAUGAUAAAUCAAAAUGAAGUGAAACAGGCAGAAAGUGGAUGUACUGGAGUUGUGUUUUAUGCUUGUAAUAGAUGUUAUUAAAUGUCAGCAAGGCAGUAUAUUAAUAGAUUUCAAUGUAGUUU